ACAAGUAAACAAACACACAAAUAAAUUUUUAGAUUAUAAAAAUUUGUUAUCAGCUUGCGUAAAAUUUUGAUGUCUAGAAACAAUUUUAGAUAAACGCCCUGUAAUAUAUGAGUUGGUAUGAAACUUGUUGUAAUGAAUUUAAUUAAACAAAUAUUCGGAAAAGAGAAGUACAAAAUUCCAAAAGAAAAAACAGUAAAAAUUUUAGUGCUAGGAAAAACUGGAGUUGGGAAAACUUCUCUUAUAAAAAAAAUCUGCAAUCAAACUUCGUUAGAAACAGUUCCCACCUGCUAUGACGUUUAUAGAGAAGAAAUUUUAAUCGACAGUAUUAAUACUGUAAUGGAGUUUAUGGAUUUUGGGGGUGCAGAUAUGUUUCCGUCAAUGCGCGAUAUAUUUAUCCGCAAGGCAGAUAUAUUUAUGCUUGUUUAUUCUUGUGAUGAUGACGAAAGCUUUAUUCAAAUCAAAGAGUUACGCAACACUAUUUUGAAAGUAAAAAAUAAACAAUACACAGAAAUUCCAAUCGUUGUGGUUCGCAAUAAAGUAGAUCUACAGCGUAAACGUAAGAUAAACAAAAAGUUGUAUGCAACCCACAAUGUAUCAGCUGUAACAGGAUUUAAUAUAAAUGAAAUAAUGGAAAGUUUAAAAAAAGAGUCAAAAUUCAUUGACAGUUCUGAGGGUUUGAAAAAUUUACAGCUAAGUGGAAGAUAUAUUUAUGAUGAUCAUAACGAUAGCAUUUUAAAAAGAGAACAGUACCAUAGUUCACCAACGAUAUUUCGUCCAAAAGUGACAUCUGAUGAGCAAAUGCAAAUAAGACGCGCUAUGACCGUAAGUCACGAACAAAGUUAUCGUUCAUCAGCUUUAUUUUAAUUGAUUAACUUUAAUAGUUUUUUUUUUCUUUAAAAAAUGAAUUAUUUAUUUUA